UAUUUACCUAUGUUGCACGGGGACGCCUACUAGGUGGAGUACCGCAGUUUGGGGACGUAUCGGGGACGGGGACGGCAUGGGGACGGCUUGGGGACGUCCCCAAAAAGCUGGGGACAGCAGGUUAAAAUUGGGGAUGUUUCUUGGAGUAAAAUGAUAAAGAUACCCGUCCCCAAUUAAACAUAACAUAGAAAACCCUAACUCAACGGCUUCUAUUCAAGUUAUAUACAUUAUACACACGUUCUUCAUAUAUGCAUACAAUCAUAACUCUUCUCAAACUACUUUCUCUCUCAAACAAAUAAACAUAACUCAUUAGUUUUCAAUGGAAUCACAACAUGAAAGUAGUGGUUUUGGAUCUGGACAUGCUGAAAGUGGAAGUGGAUCUAACAAUCAACCUCCUUUGUGAGCCUGAAAUGGAGAAUGAGUUGAUCUCCGGUGAUAUUAAUAUUUGAGAAAGUUGCAUCUGUCCUAUUUAUAUAAAAAAUUUAAUUUUUUAUUAAUAUAUUAUGUGCCGUCCCCGUACCCUUUAAAUUUAAAAUUGUCGUUUUAUGUCCCCGUCCCCGUACCCGUAUAUGUUCCCGUACCCGUCUCCGUGCAACCUAGGUAUUUACAAACAUACUCCUUAUACUAUUCUAUUUCUUUUAACCUCCAUCAACGCGCUGACGUCAUCCCAGACCCAUCCAUCUCACUCUUUAUAUACUUCUGUGUUCCAACAAACUUUAAAGUCGCAAACUUUAGAGUUAUUGUACGGUGGUAAGGAAAAUCAAUCUCCAUUCCUCAAACCACAAAAGAAUGGAAAGAAGUGAAGCUAAUCGUGGCAAAUUCCCUUUGAAUUACGUUAUUUGGUUUGCCGAAUUCGUGAAGAGGAUUGCUGGACAUUUUCCUCUCGCGGAAGACUCGACUAGAGUCGAAGUAUACUGCGGGAUCUCAAUGAGAACCUUCAGAUACUUAUGCUCUCUUGUGAUGGAGCCUAUGUCAAAUUCACAAAUAUAUAAAUUUAACGAUAACAGGGAAUUAACUGUGGUUGAUAAAGUAGCCAUAGCUAUGAGAAGGCUAAAAUUGGGCAAGUCGCUGAAUUCAAUUGGUGGUGAAAUUGGGACGCACUCAUUUACCGCUGCUAAGGUCACAUGGUCCUUUGUGGAGGUCUUGGCAGAAAAUGGCCAUCGCCACCUCCGUGGGCCUGCUUCUGCCCCUGAAGAGGGAAUGAGUGCUGAGACAUUUAAUAGGCUAAAGAAAGAAUGGAAGGUUCUUACAGCUGGAAUGAAAUCCGAAAAGCUUCAAAGUAUGACCAAGGCCUGCUGCAUCUUGCAUAACAUUGUCAUUGACAUGAAUGAUGAGAGGCAACGUGAGCUAUCUCUGUUGGAAGGUCAUCAUCCAGACUUUUUGCAUCACAGAUUUUAAAGAUUAGUUUUGUAAUUGUUAGAAAGCUUUGAAUCAUGUCUUCCAGAUAUUUCUUUGGUUUCCGCUUUUUUUUCGUGGUUGUGUAAUUAUAUGUUUUUGUGGUCACUAAUAUUUAGUUGAUGAGUUUGUUUAGUAUCUUUAUUAUA